UAUGAUCCCCAGUUCUGAGAAGUGAAAUUUACGGUGGGAAAAAGUGAAUUGAGAGAUGCAUCAAACUGAUCAAAUUGGGCGGGUUUACGAGGGUUUUCCUGCCAUUGGAUUUUCAAGGUUGAGUUCAAGAUCUCUUCAAAUAUACGUCAACGUCGUGAUCAGCAACAACUCGGUAUAAAUUCAGUCGCAGUGAUGCACAUGAAGGCAUCACGAGAAGUGAAUUAACAUUAAAAAAUGAAGUUUUUUGGGUUCCAUUGGAAGAUACUCCACAUUGUAGUAUUAUUUCUGGCCACCAGACCUCAAGUAAUUACCCAAAGUGUCUCUUCUCCAGCGACGGAGGCGACAGACCCUCCGUCAAGUCCAACUGCUUCAGUGACUGUUUCCCCGUCAACCAGUAGUUCACCCAUAACAACAACUACACUGGCGACUACAACAAUAACAACAAUAGGAACUACCCCUGCCUCUCUCUGCUUGGGACCAGGUCGUUUCCAAAACACCACUGACACAACCUGCAGGAGUUACGUCCUCUGCAGUCUGAACAGCGAUAGAACCGCCUUCAUCGCAUACCCUCUGAAGUGUCCAAAAGAUUAUCUCUUCAAGCCCUUAGUCGCCACAUGUGUGAGACCUACCCUAUACACAUGUUCAAUAAAAAAAUGAAUCUCCAAUG